AGGAUGAUGCUUUAAGAUUGUAACGUCAGUAUAUCGCGAACCAUCAUAGAUAUCGCAUCAUGAGAUUCACAGUUUUAAUAUUGUUAACAUCAUCAUGUUACUGUGAUGUGGAAUUCAGUGAACGACCAAGAAACUUUAGCAUAGAACUGCUUUAUCAUACUCAGAAGCAAACUGGUGGACAUGUUGUGAUAUCUCCUUUUGGAAUUUGGACACUUAUGACCGGUUUAGCCGUGGGUGCGACCGGCGACAGCUUCGAGCAAAUAAGAGUGGCUUUUAUACUUCCUAGGAGCCUUAAAACCGUCGUAUGUGGAUCUAAACACUUGACUAAAUCAGUGCUGAAACGGACCUCCGAUGGAGUAUCUAUAACGAGUAAGAAUUUUCUAUUCGCUGAUGAUGAUUUCUUACUUAAACCAGCAUUUAAGCAGACUAUUACUGAAGAUUUCGACGCCACUGUCAAAGUGCUUGAUUUUAAAGAUUCUAACGAAGCUGCAGCUAAAGCAAAUAAUUUUAUACAAAACUCCGGUGCUCGAGUUACUAAUGUACUAACUUCAGAAGAUUUUGAACAAUCAAGAAUGAUUUUGACAAACGUGAUAACUUUUAAAGGACUAUGGACAUCGCCUUUCAAUGCAAGUCAUACAACUCUUGAAUAUUUCUAUAACGAAAACAAAGAGGUAAUAGGCGAAGUGAAUAUGAUGCAUCAAAAAGGAGAAUUUCCAUUAUCUAACAUAAUAGAUCUUAAAUCAUUCGUCUGUGAACUGACUUAUGGAACUGAUGCGGCAUAUUCCAUGCUAGUGAUCCUGCCUCAUCCAGGUGUUAAAGUUGAAGACGUUUAUAAGAAGUUUGAAAAUAUCACCAUACCUGACAUAAUAGCGAGACUCCAAAACGAUGAAAAGGAAUACGGUUUAGAUGAAGUUGAAAUUAAAUUACCUAGAUUCAAAAUAAGCACUAAUAUAGUUAUGAAUAGACCUUUAAACGAUAUGGGUGUUUAUGAUAUUUUCGAUCCAGAAUAUGCUAGUUUUAGCAGAGCAACAAAUGAGAGUAUAUAUGUGUCGGCCAUAGUUCAUAAAGCAGACAUAGAAGUAAGUGAAACAGGGACCGUUGCGUCAGCGGUAUCUACAGCGUAUUUAAGUAAUAGAUUUGGAACAACUAAAUUGAUUGCUGAUAGACCUUUCCUGUACUUCAUCAUUGAGAAGUCGACAGCUACUGUGAUUUUUGCGGGCAUUUAUUCUAAGCCUUCUUUGUACUGAAAUAAAAUUUUAAAUUUUA